GAACAUGGAGAUGGAUCCAUCAGACGUGAAGAAACUUGUAGCAGUUGAUUCUUCAGACUCAGCCGCAGAAGAAUCUGAAGAGAAGAAACUAAACGCCACUUCUGUUUCAGCUUUUGAUAUGAUACUCAAGUCUCUUUGGAAGAUUAGCGUUUUCUUAAGCGACUUUUUGAUGAGUUAUGUUAAAGAAGCACAACACAGCCUCACAGAUGAUGAAUCUGUUCUUCCACAAGACAUACUUCGUAUCUUCCUUCUCAAAAAACUCAGUCUCGCUCAUCCUCUGGACGCAAAUGGUGUUUGUGACCUGUUUCUUAACAUCUUGGAGCAUCUGCCUCGCUGGAAUUCACACUUUGAAGUGAAGGAAGUGGCGAAAAAGAUUUGCAAUAGAUGCAAGAUGGGUAUGGAAUAUCCAGUUGAACGUUCUUUUGGUCUGAUCAUCAAUGCUGGUUCACUCAGACAAGUCAAGGCAUUAUUCGAGAAUCUUACAUUCGAUAAGAUCCUUCAGAUCAUCAGGAUACAUCUUAAGAUGCCUUGUGAUAAGGAAGGAUGUGGGAAAACAAACUAUGUUCAACGUAUGAUAAAUAAACUUCCAACUGUUUUCACAAUUGCACUUGAGUGGGAGAACGAUGAGCCUCUAGGAGAGUUAUUCGAUACUACUUCUGUUCUGACAACUGAGAUAGAUAUUAAAACGAUAUACCUAUACGAAGGUGACAGUGCAUGCACUAGAUACCGUCUUAUCUCAAUGGUUUGCUCGCAUGGAGAUGGAUACAACUGUGUAGCUUAUGAAAACAAUGGAUGGGUCAGACAUUUUCCUUCUGAGAAAGAGGUUAUUGGAGACUGGGAUUGUGUUCUCAGCAAAUUCCGAGAACUGCAUAUUCGACCUGAGAUUCUAUUUUUUGAAAAAGCUAUGCAGCAAGACGAGAUUGUGUCUGGGCAGAAAUCUGAAGGCUAA